AUGCAGCGAAAAGGGGUGUCAAGGAAGCCACCAUACUCUGUUGCACCCUAUAAGAGAAACUUAGUUACCGGUACCCCAAAAGCCAAGGGUAUGUCUACUAUCUCAAUUGGCGGACAAGCAGGAUGUGAUGUGCCAGAAGCACACUGGGUCCUGGACCAGAGACUGGGCGGCAGGAAAGAACCAUAUGAUGCUCUCACCGUUUUCGGGUGGACAUUGUUUGGACCGCCACAUGCGACAAUCCGUAAACCGUUGUCAGUUAACUUCACCACCACCACCGCUGGCAACGAUGCGAUCAAACAAUCUCUCCAAAGCAUGUACAAUAAUGAGUUGGACGACUUGAACGACCAGAAGGCGGGUCCUUCUGUAGAGGACAAACAGGCGUUAGCAACAGUCGAAACGGGGACACGAUACCAGCCCGACCGGUUCGAGGUGCCGUUGCCAUGA